AUGGCCUCACCAUCAGAGCCGCCAGAGUGUUACUUGACCAAAUUAGCGCCCGAAAUCCGAAAUCUCAUUUAUGAGUACUCCCUUUGCAACUCCGAGAGCAUUGAAAUCACUAGGGACAACUGGAUGCAGCCUGCGCUACUCCGGACAUGCAAGACCAUCCGAAGAGAAGCCACGGGAAUCUACUAUUGCAAAAACACCUUCGAGUUCGAAUGUGAGAACUUCGACUCCUCAAUCCCACUGAAUUUUUGGCGCUACACCAGCAAGUUCUACGACCAAUCCAAGCUUCGCGCCAACAUCUCAUGCAGAGACUGUGAAGCAUGGCCAAACUUUUUGAACUGGCUAAAGGCCUACUUCGAGGACAGACUCCCUUUUCACCUCACAUACAACGUGGAAGUAAAUGAUAGGGAGUUCAACACGGCUGCCAAGGCGUUUGAUAUUGUCUAUGACCUGCGAAACGCAGGUAACGAUUGGAACGCGAUUGAGAAGGUUCUGGAGAGCUAUAAGGUCCUCACGGCUGAUGUCUUGAUGUGGGAUGGCAACUGA